AUGUUCCGGGCACGCAAACAGCUUGGCAAGCGGCAAACGGCGGACAACGGCAACGGUUUCCGCCCGAAGAAGUUCCGGACGGACCAGCAGGUGCCUACCUUUGACGAGGCGGCCGCCGCCCUGGCGGCAGCUUCCGGGCUGGGAACCGCAGCAGCGGCAGCGGCAGCAUCGUCAUCCUCGGCGGACGCGGAAGACGCAGUCUCGGACGGAGGACCAGAUGGGGGUCGGCGUCGUGAGGGCGAGGAUGCGGCGGCCAAUGUGAGCAAAUACGCACGGCGUAUCGUCCGAGGGCAGACAGGCAACGUCCUGCUGGACUGCGAGAUUCCACGCUACGGAACGCUGGUUGAACGGAUGCGCUGCCGGAAGGCUGGUGACUUCGUCAUCGGGUACGAGCUGGGGACGAGCCCGGGUGUACCACAGACGCAGUAUUUGGCCCGGAAGCAGGGCACCAACGAGUUCUACUUGCUGAAGAUCCUCAGCUUCGACCCGGAGACGGAGGUCGUGGACAAGGACACGCUACAGGGCAAGGUGCUGCUGCACAACGAGUUCACGUUGCUCUCGAUGCUGGACGACAUGGAGGGCGUGAUCCGGCAGCAUGGAUUCUUCAGCGAUUACGCGUUCGAAGAGCGACAGAUCGAACGGGACGAUGGUUCCGUACAGUCGAUUUACACCGGUCGUAUCCGACGUCGCCUGAUCCUGGUGCUCGAUUGUGUGCACGCGCACGAGUUCGCCGAGGAGUCGGGUGCGUUUGUUAGCCUGCAGCGGCACAUUUCGGCGGCACGCAUCAGCGAACGGGAUGCGCUCGAGCUGUUCUACGAGGUGGUGAAGGUGGUCGAGCAAUUGCACGCUCGCAACAUCAUCCACCGGGAUCUGAAGCUGAACAACAUCGUGCUGAACCGCCGGACCGGGCGUAUCGUGCUGACGAAUUUCUUCCUCGGGAAGCACCUGAUCAAUGAGCAGGAGUGCUUGUUUGAUCAGCGUGGCAGUCCGGCUUACAUCUCGCCGGAUGUGCUCGGUGGCAAGCCGUACCGGGGCAAACCGUCCGAUAUGUGGGCGCUCGGUGUCAUUCUGUACACGAUCGUGUACGGGAAGUUCCCGUUUCACGACACCACGCCGACGGCGCUGUUCCGCAAGAUCCGUGAUGCGGAUUAUACCAUUCCGAGCGGAUUCAACACGUCCCAGGAGACGAAGAGUCUCAUCAAGCGAAUGCUGACGCUUAAUCCGGAUGAACGGUUAACCGCGACGGAGGUGCGUUUCGAGCUGGAACAAAGCCUACGGAAGUUCCGUCGACCUCGGAUCAACGUUGACCAGCUUGUGCCGGAGUUGUCGGACCGAGCAGAACCACCGACACCGGGAUUGGAAGGUGCCACGCGUCACCGUGACCAAUCUAUACCGAUCGAGGGUGAACUCGGGGCAAACGGUGGUGGGUUUAGCGCGGAUGUUCCUGCCGCCAGUGAGGCAACCGUGGUACCACCCGAACCGAUGGAGGUCGAUCCGGUGGGGACCACGAUGCCACGGUACGAUCUCUCCACGGAGCAGUUCUCACGCGUGCUUGAAGCGCACACCCCAACGGCGCCACCAAAACCGAAGAAAACGGCCAAGAAGGUGACACUGUUCCGUUUCUCGUCUGCCCACGGAGAUCACCAUCUGAGUGCCGAAACUAUAGCAGCUGCCGCUGGAAGAGGCCGAGGUCCUCAGCACCUGGCCGGGGGUUUGAUGGGGUCUCAGCAGCAGCAGGAGCAGCAGGAUCGUCGAUCGCAAGCGGACAUGGCAGGGGCCGGAGCUGGAGCUGGAAUCGUAAACGCCGCCGGAGCUGGAGCUGGGACUGAAACAGGAGCCGGUGCUCCGAACGCUCCGUUGUCGGGAGCUGGUGCCAACCGAAGCCGGUUCAAUUUCAACUUGAACCUACAGUAUACUGCGAGCUCGUACAAUAGCGCGGCCCGUGCCGUAGCCGCUGCCGUUGCAGCCGUUCGUAAUGCAGGUGGAUCAGGCGGUAGCGGACCAGGUCGCACGCGGAUGGAGUGGACUCGUAACGGCGUCAAUGGUAGUGCUCCCGGCACCCAACCAAAUGGAAGCUCUCCGUUAGCGCCUGGAUCGGAUCAACCGGAACCAGUCAACCCCGUCGGAGGACCGGUUGUGGGUGACGUGACUUCAUCACCGCCGGGUAAUGCGAACCGACCACCACUGCCACCGGCCGCUCAACGACUGUACUCCAUCAUGAACUACAUAUCGCUCGUGAAUCGCACGAUGGGCAGCCACUUCCUGGAAACGAUGGUUCCUCCUGACGCUGCUAGUGAUCCGGACUCGAGAUCGAACCCGUUUGCAGGCGUCAUCUUUCAGGACUUCAAUGGAGUCAUCUCGCCAUUGAUGGCGGAACGGAUCCAGAAGUAUCUGAGGAUGCACCUGCGUGGCGUCGAGUGGAUCGAGGACAUAUUCCGGGUGCCGAACGUCGGAGGUGUCUCCGAUGGAGAGCAUCGCGUGAAUGUGGUGCUCGAGCUGCUACGUCAGUUGGGCGUGCGGAUGGAGUCAUCAAACGGGCAGGUGGUGAUCUGUCCGGAUCAGUUGCGCGAUCGGCAGAUGUUCCUUCGCCUCCUGCUGAGAAUCGCCGGAUACAAUGAUAAGUACUUCGUAUCGCGCUCACAUCAACAUCCGCGCUAGGCGUUGUGAACGGAUGUACCGUUUUUUUUCUCGGAAACCGGAUGCUUCGGUACGGGCAGGACGGUUUUUUUGUUUAUGUUACACGAGCACGACCCGAUGUACGUAGGUUUGUACGUGGCUCGGUCAUUUUUCUCGACUGACUGGCGGCCUCCUUAAGUUAAUAGCAAAUGCUCUCCCCUCCAACCCCACCCCCACUCCUUAACGCGUUGGGUGUCCUUGGGUUUUUCCUUAGGCAAAUCGGAUACCGGCCGUGUCGCGUGCUCUCCGUGAUGGUAUAUUAUAGAUUAGUUCUCUUUCUUGUGGGUUAUACUCGUGGAGGUUUCUUUGUACGGAAAUGAAGGUAAAUCGAAAUGGAAAUGUUCCCUGUUCCUACUCCACCCCCCAUCCUCCCGUUGUUCCCACCAUUAAUUAAUAAUAUUCUGAAUUUUGUUCGUCGCGCUAUACGGAAUUACUUGCAUUAUGCGGAAUGCGACGCUAUGCGGAAUUACUUGCGUUAUGUUAAUCACUCAAUAUAUAUUUUUGCAUGUUACGCAAACGGAAAUAAUAAUGAUAUGAUUUAUACACCGGAAG